AUUAUUUACUGUUCAUUCGUUGGACGCAUAGGCCACACUUCCACCAAAAGGCAAAAGCCCUAUCGCUCCUCGCCCCUCUCUCUCUCUGUUGUUCAAUAUCUUUGGCGACCAAUUUGGUGCUGGUGCUUCUCCUCAUGCGAUUGAUGUGUUGUUCUCUGUGAAUCCGAUUGUACUCUUGCAGUUAUUUAUUUAUUAUUUUCGUUUCUUUGUUUUUGUGCAUAGAGGCUUCGAUUCGUUGUGGAAUUAGGGUUUUCAUACUAAUCCAGCUGCGAAUUAGCAGAUUGCGUUCCAAUUUCGGUCCGUGAAUUGUAAAAUAUUGUAGAGUUGAGUUGGUUGAGUUGAGGUGAGCUAUUGAAUUGUCGGAUUAGGGUUUUCGUGAUUCGGCAAUGGAGAGUACACGCAGACCCUUUGAUAAAUCUCUUUCCCGAGAGACGGGGCCGAAGCGCCCGCGCCUCAUCGAUAACGCGGCGCCGUCCGAUCGAAUUUCCAACGGCCGCGCCGGAUUUGUUCAGCGGCCGGCGGUUCCCAAUUCCGGCGGCGGAGCUUCCAGAGCUCACAAGGACCGAGAUUCCGAGAGCAGCGAUUCUGUUCGCGGACCGUACAGACACCAGCCGGGCCAGCAGCUGUACCAUGAGCUGGUGGCUCAGUACAAGACGGCUUUGGCUGAGCUGACUUUCAACUCCAAGCCGAUAAUAACCAACUUGACCAUUAUCGCCGGGGAGAAUGUACAUGCCGCCAAGGCUAUUGCAGCCACAGUCUGUGCCAAUAUUCUUGAGGUUCCUAGUGACCAAAAACUGCCUUCUCUAUAUUUAUUAGACAGCAUUGUCAAGAACAUUGGGAGGGAUUAUAUAAAGUACUUUGCGUCCAGGUUACCAGAGGUAUUUUGUAAGGCAUAUAGACAGGUCGAUCCUCCAAUGCACCCAGGGAUGCGCCACCUUUUUGGCACCUGGAAAGGUGUCUUCCCUCCUCAGACACUUCAAAUGAUUGAGAGGGAACUUGGAUUCACUAACACGUCCAAUGGUUCAUCUUCUGGAAUAGCAUCUAGAACUGAAUCACAAGCCCAACGUCCUGCACACGGCAUUCAUGUAAACCCUAAAUAUUUGGAGGCUAGGCAGCGACUGCAGAGUGCCAGGGUAAGAGCAGACAGUGACACUAGUGGAGUCCAAGUGAACUCCCAUGAGGAUAUUGAGCCACUAGGGAGAACUGUGAGUGUUGGUUCAGGGAGAUCAUGGGCCAAUCCCUAUGCUAAGUCUGUUCAGCAUCAUCCGAGAGAUCAUGCAAGUGACCUAGUUCGUGACAGAAGUUCAACUGCAGCUUAUGCAGAUGCAGAAUAUGGAUCCAGUGAUAUGUCUAGAAUGUUGCACAAAAAGAAUGGUUUUGGUCUGAAGCAUGGACUUGAAAGUUUUGCUGCACACGACUCUACAAAUUUAGACUCGGAUCUACAGCUCAAUGAAAACAUAGCCAGUGGAAGUUCCAACUGGAAGAACACCGAGGAAGAGGAGUAUAUGUGGGAUGAGAUGAAUUCAAUAUCCACCGUUCGUGGUGCAAUUAAUGCUUCUGCUAAAGAUCACUGGGCACCUGAUAAUGAUCAUCGAUUGGGCUUCGACAGUAAUCUCAGUGCGCAGCAAACUAUGAAUGAUAUUGGUUCAAGGGAUUAUGAUGAAGCCUCAGUUGAUUCUAUGCCUAUGGAUUUUCGGCAGAUGGAUACUGGAACUCGAAUACCAGGGAGGAAUCUCCUGGAUAUUGGUAAGAAUGCAUCAGGCUACAAUGAGGCAUAUCCGUCCGGGUUGAAAAGUUCUCAAAGUACAGUGAGCCGGACAUCUCUUCCACAGUUGGGUAAUCCUCAUAUUGGAACCUCAGGCUUUAAAUCUUCGACAAAGGCAUGGUCAGGGCCCACAAUUUCCGGGACAGAGCACCCACAGGCUCUUGGAGCUGCACCACUCUCAGUGCAGCCACGAUUGCACCAACGCCCUCCGUCACCAUCUCUCUUGCCACACAAUCUGAAUCAACAGCGUGGAAGCAAUUUUGUUGAGCGCCACCAGCCUUUGAUUGGACCGAAGGAUCCAAGAAAGCCUCUAGGUCCUAAAAAUACAGAAUAUGGCGAUCUGUUUUCUGAAAGUUCUCUGCCUUCAACUUCUCAGGAUAUUUAUCCUGCUAGCAUGCAGAGAGUGAAACCCCAAAGCCUGCGGCCUUCACUCGAUAUGAUGUCUUCAACUCAACACAGUAAAAUUGUGCAGCCAGGUCAAGGACAGAAUUUGGCAGCAAAACAAAUGUUGGGAUCAGAAAGCCGCUCAAGUAUGGGGAAUUCAUCAUCUGACCAGUCGAAUCCGCUUACUAUCGACUCACCGGGACAAUCCUUUACUAGCUCUUCAUUAGAUGCUGCAUUGAAAACUAAGGCAAGUUCACAAGAAGCUGUGCCUGAGUCAGCUGCCGCUCAUUCGGCCUCCAAUCCUGUUUCUAGCCUUAUAAGCUCUUUGGUUGCAAAAGGAUUGAUAUCUGCUUCGAACUCUGAUUCACUGCUGUCAGCCUUACCUGAGAUACCUCAGCAACCUCCGGUCAGAGGUUCUGAAAUCGCAACCACAAGUUCAGCUACAGUUUCUCCUGUUCCAGCGCCAAGGUCAAAAUCUCCCGUACCUGUAAAAGAUGAUCCCAUUUCACAUAAGCCUGCUGCAAAGGGUUCUGAAGAUUUCCCCCAUUCAACAACAAAAGUCGGGCAUCGUAUGGGUUUUGAAUUCAAGUCUGAAGUGAUUCGCCAAUUUCAUCCCGAUGUGAUCAGUGACCUCUCCGACCUUUCACAUAGGUGCGGGAUAUGCGGUCUUGGACUCAAACUCCAAGAACAGCUAGAUAGACACACGCAAUGGCAUGCAUUGCAGGUCUCUGAUGGAAGUCCUUCAAGCAAGAUUUCUAGGAGAUGGUAUAACGAUGCAGUUUAUUGGAUUGCUGGAAAUCAUGCUUCUCAUGCUGGCGACAGUUCCGCCGAUGUGUCGGGAGAUUCAAUAGAAAUGAUUGAGAAUGAUGACCAGAUGAUCCCUGCUGAUGAAAGUCAAUUUGCAUGUGUAUUGUGUGGUGAGUUGUUUGAAGAUUUUUACAGUCGGAAAAGGAACGGAUGGAUGUUCAAAGGAGCUGUUUACUUGACCACCCCGUCGUCUGAGAUUCAUGAAGGCAUUGGAACAAAAAGUCCUACUGCUGUACAAAGUCCUAUUGUCCAUGCUGAUUGCAUGUCGGACGACUCUUUGCAUAGCUUGAGAAUCAUUUGUGAUGUCAAACUGGAAAAAGAUUCAUGAUGAGAUGGAGAGAGUGCAAGUAAUAAGGUAUCGAAUCUUGUACAAUUCUGUAUGCUCACUUUGAGAAUCCCGGCUGCGCAUGCCAGGGAAAUGAACAGAAAAAUUUUGUACGUUUACCAUUGAGCUGCGCUGCUAUAUAGGUUCUUUAUUCCUUUUGUUUAUUGUUGUGUGUUAUCUUGUCGAUGGAUGAUGGUUCUUCUGUCACAACACACACUCAUUUGUUUCAUUUGUUGUUGUGUGAUGAGGCUUGCUGAUUAUUGUUAAUGCCGGCGUCUGGCUUGCAGUGAGCGACAUACAUACAUGCAUACAUAUCGAGCCUGCCUGUAUACCUGUUUUUAACAUGCAACGAUGCAUCAGGGGAGACAUCUUUGACGUUGGGAAAGCAGCUUGUUGUAACCCUUUUGGUAUGUACUGUUCUGUUCAAUUACUCAAUAUAUUGAAGUUGAUCAAUUUAUGGCUUGAUUGAUGUUAUUUGGUUUUGAUGACCCUUAGAAGUUGUGUAAAUGCCAUUGAAAAAACUAUAGGGUGUGUUUAUCUGUAAUAUGUUUGUUUUUGUUUUU